GAGCAGAGCAAAGCAGGAGCAUUUCUUGUUUUCUCUCUUUUAAAAGUUUUAAACAUCAUGGCUGGUUUCUUUCUUCUGGGUUUGUUGAUGGGUGUUCUAAUGGUGGGUUCGGUGAUUUCAGCAAAGUUUGAUGAGCUUUUCCAGUCAAACUGGGCUUUGGAUCAUAUCACGUAUGAAGGAGAAGUUCUCAAGCUUAAACUUGAUAACUACUCUGGUGCUGGGUUUCAAUCCAAAAGCAAGUACUUGUUUGGGAAGGUUUCCAUUCAGAUUAAGCUCGUGGAAGGUGACUCUGCUGGAACUGUCACUGCUUUCUAUAUGUCAUCAGAUGGGCCAAAUCACAACGAGUUUGAUUUCGAAUUCCUGGGGAACACCACAGGUGAACCCUACCUGGUUCAAACCAAUAUAUACGUGAAUGGUGGAGGUAAUAGGGAGCAAAGAAUGAAUCUCUGGUUCGACCCUACUACGGAUUUCCAUACUUACUCACUUCUUUGGAACCAGCACCAAGUUGUAUUUAUAAUAGAUGAGACACCGAUCAGAGUGCACAGCAACAUGGAACACAAAGGAAUUCCAUUUCCCAAGGACCAAGCCAUGGGAGUUUACAGCUCAAUCUGGAACGCAGAUGACUGGGCCACACAAGGAGGUCGGGUCAAGACCGACUGGACCCAUGCGCCCUUCGUCGCAACCUACAGAGGGUUCGAGAUCGAUGCCUGCGAGUGCCCUGUAACGAUGGCGGCAACUGAGAAAUGCAGCAGCAAUGGGGACAAAAGAUACUGGUGGGACGAGCCUACUCUUUCGGAACUCAGUCUUCACCAGAGCCACCAGCUGCUGUGGGUUCGAGCCAAUCACAUGGUGUACGAUUACUGCUCCGACACUGCCAGGUUCCCGGCCACACCUGAGGAGUGCCUGCACCAUCGUCACUAGGAAUCAUACAUAUAUAUAUAUGUAUCAUCGUCAUGUAAAAAAACAUGUGCUCCAUGUUUGUUCUUUUUGUAGUUGAAGAUUCUGUAAGAUAGAUUACUUAAUUUGAGGUUUCAGUUCUUUAUAUCGCA